AUGACUGAAGAAGAAGCUUUAUUUGAUCCUUCCAUCAAGAAGAAGAAGAAGAAGAAGAAGUUUGACUUAGACAGUGCUUUAGCUUCUGAAACUGGUGUUGAUGGUAUUAAUGAACAGACAUUAGAUAAAGAAAACCAGGAACCAGGGCCAGACCCUGAUGAAUUUGAUGAUGGAAACCUGGAUCUUGACAACUUCGGUAAGAAAAAGAAAAAGAAAAAAAAGGUCACAAUAAAUUUAGAUGAUUUGGAAAGUGCAUUACCUGAUACAUCAUCAGCAAUGGAAAAUGGUGAUGGCCAAGGAGAGGCUAUGGAUGAUGAUUUUGAUUUAAAUAUGGACUUUUCAAAAACAAAAAAGAAAAAGAAAAAGAAGAAGGAUAUAGAUGAAUUAGUUGCUGAAGAAAUGGAUAAGAAAGGUGACAAAUUUGAUGACACAACUGAUGGUGAAAGUCACACGUGGUUUGGUUCUGAUCGUGAUUACACAUAUGAUGAACUUUUAACUAGAGUAUUUGAGAUAAUGCGAGAAAAAAAUCCUGAUAUGGUUGCGGGUAAAAAACAAAAAUUUGUUAUGCGCCCUCCACAAGUAGUUCGGAUAGGUACCAAAAAAACGUCUUUUGCAAACUUUACAGAAAUAUGCAAAACCUUACAUCGUCAGCCAAAACAUUUGUUAGAUUUCUUGUUAGCUGAAUUAGGUACCAGUGGUUCAGUGGACGGUAAUAGCCAGCUUAUAAUCAAAGGUCGUUUUCAGCAAAAACAAAUUGAAAAUGUACUCAGAAGAUAUAUAAAAGAAUAUGUUACCUGUCAUACAUGUCGUUCACCUGAAACCAUCUUGCAGAAAGACACUCGUCUGUUUUUCUUGCAGUGUGAAACUUGUGGUUCACGAUGUUCUGUUGCCAGUAUUAAGUCUGGUUUCCAGGCCGUCACUGGAAAACGUGCAGCUAUCAGAGCAAAAACUGCAUAA